GAGUUGAUAGUUAGGAGUUAGUUAACUACCUCCCUUUUGAAGCCCUUUUUACACGGCCUUUCGGGCGAAAUUAUUCCUCUGAUGGACAUAUGAGCUGGGUCCUGAAACUCUCUCGUUUCCCUGCGACUUCUGCCACCUUCAGACCUCUGCCAAUUAACCCCCAGGUCUUCGCAGCGCACUUCGAGAAAUCCCAUCGCUCUCGCCCCGCCUCCGGACAGCAUUGCUUAGGACAACCAUCGGCGCUACGGACCUUUCACUCGUCGCACAUCAAAAUGGCGGCUCCUGUUUCUUCCGAUCCUGCCGGUCAAUUGGUGCAGCAUGGUGGUAAGGAAUACCACCGCGUCCAGGAAGGACGGGCAUACAUUUUGAACCCACCAGGUGAAGCUGCAGCGUCCCUUGGGACAAGGAGGGACCUCAAGCCAGAUGACGAGUCCCAGACUGUCUUCUAUAAUCCCAUCCAGCAGUUUAAUCGGGAUUUGAGUGUUCUUGCGAUCAGAGCUUACGGAGAGCACGUGCUCGCGCUGAGGAAAGAGAAACUAGAGAAACGCAGACGGAGGGCACAGAGCGGCAAGGGAGGGAGGAAUAAGAAGCGCAAGAGAGAGGACGAUGAUGAAGAUACGAAGCAGCAGACGCGUAAAAUCGACACCGAGGCUACACGUGUCGUUGAGGGGGAGACUCAACCCCAACCGGCGCCACAACCUCCGGUGGAAGCUGAUCCUCCGCAUUCGUUCACAAUCUUAGAUGCGCUGUCCGCGACGGGCCUGCGUGCGCUGCGAUACGCCUCUGAGAUCCCAUUCACCACGCGCGUGGUGGCCAACGACCUCUUAAGCUCCGCGAUUCAAUCAAUGAAAAUCAACAUCGAGUACAAUCAGCUUGAGAAGCUCAUUCAGCCUAACAAUGGCGAUGCCCGUAUGUACAUGUACAGCCUUCUUAGCCCGGCCGAUGCUCGGAAGAAUGAAUCCAAUGUUGGCAAGUUCGACGUGAUAGAUCUGGACCCUUACGGCACUGCUGCGCCGUUCCUGGACGGAGCUGUCCAAGCUGUCAAGGAUGGAGGUCUUCUCUGCGUGACCUGUACUGAUGCGGCAGUUUGGGCUUCAAAUGGAUAUCCUGAGAAGGCGUUCGCACUAUAUGGAGGUGUACCGGCUAAGGGAACCCAUUCCCAUGAGGCUGGCUUGCGCCUGAUCCUGAACAGUCUGGCCACAUCCGCAGCUAAAUACGGUUGCGCAAUUGAGCCCCUCUUAUCUCUAUCAAUCGACUUCUAUGCGCGUGUCUUCGUCCGUCUUCACCGAUCUCCAGCGGAAACCAAGUUUAUCUCAGGCAACACCAUGCUCGUUUACAACUGUGACUCUGGCUGCGGGGCUUGGACGACGCAGCCCUUGACUCAGACAAAGCAGCGACUAGACAAGAAGGGCAACCCGUUUUACCACUAUGGAUUCGCGCAAGGCCCAACCUCCAACACAAGGUGCGAACACUGCGGGUUCAAAACCCACAUUGCUGGUCCGAUGUGGGCUGGCCCUCUGCACAACCCUCACUUCGUCCAAAAAGUCCUCGACCUUCUCCCGCAAGUGGAUAAGGAUACCUACAAAACCACCGACAGAAUCGAGGGCAUGUUGACCACAGCUCUCGAAGAAGAUCUCAGCCCCGAAGUCUCCCCAGAAAACCACCCCACCACCACAAGCGCUCCCGGCGCCGCCAGCGAUGCCCUAAAACCAGAAAUCGACGAACAAUCCUCCUCCUCCGCCUCCUCCUCCUCCUCCUCCUCCGCCAUCAUCCCACGCAUGGACCCCUCCCUCCGAGAACUGCACCCAUUCUAUUUCAGCCUCAGCCAACUCUCCAAGGUCCUCCACGUAUGCACCAUCCCCGUCGAUGCAUUCCGCGGCGCCCUCCUUCACCUAGGAUACCAAUGCACCCGCAGCCACACCAAACCCUACACAACGCGUACCGACGCCCCCUGGUCCGUGAUCUGGGAGAUCAUGCGCGAAUGGGUCCGCCAGAAGGAACCCGCCAAGGAAGCAUCCUUGAAACCGGGAACCCCAGGCGCAGGAAUCAUGGCCGCUAAGCGCAAGAACCAACCAUUCAGCAGUGCCGACAACAACGACGCACACCACCUGGCCUCCUUAAAAAGCGACCUUCUCGCCGCCGCCGCCGCCGCCGAAACAGGCAAGGAUCUAUCGGACCUCGUCACGAAAAUCGAAGCUGCGCUGUACCGCUCGGGGGCCCGUCGCCACACAACAUCAACAAUCGAGUCUGGAUCUAAUAAUAGCCAGGCAACACACCACGAGCAGCCCGAUUCCCCGGACCAGAACCAGAAUCUCGACCCUGCCAACCAAUCCGCACCUCUCCAGGUCGUCUUCGACGAGGCUCUAGGACGCGAGGUGCGUCCCAAGAAACGCCUCGUUAGAUAUCAGCUUAAUCCUCGUGCGAACUGGGGGCCUUUGAACCGCGCUUCUGGAGGGACCUAGUUACCUAGUUGGCUAUAGCUUCUUUUUAUCCAGAUGGAGUGUGCCGAUGGAUAGAGAUGUUUUUAGCAAUGCAAAAAGAUAUGUGUAUAUAUAUAUUUAUACAUAUAGAUAACUCUC